AUGCUGGGAUGGCUGCUGGGUGUUUCCUGGCCAGGGCGGCGGCUGCGGCUGGCAAUCUCCGGGCAUCGAGGCCCGUGCAACUACACGCUGUCUGAAUGGGCGCAGCAGCGAGUGCGCAUACUGUGCAUGGUGGCUACGCGGGCUGAGCAGUGGGGACCCAGUGCAGACAUUUCGUCGGAGCAGCUCGAACCACACAACUCGAGCGCCGACGCUGUGCGGGGCACGUGGUGGGCACGCUGCGACCACCUGCUCUUCCUCAGCUCCCGGCCGCAUCCUGUUGUCCCGACAGUAGUGAUGGACACCUCGAAGACUCCAUGGUCGCAGAUGAGAACAGCCUUCGAGUUCGUCGUCAACAAGACUGAAUGGCACUUCGACUGGAUACUCAAGGUCGAUGACAAGGCGUUUGUUGUUAUGGAAAACCUGCGCCGGCUGUUGAUGACAAGAGCGCCGUACAGAGCUCUCUUCACUGGUGCCCUGCUAGGGGACUACAAGAAGACCGCCAGCGCCGGGUACGUCAUCAGUCGUGAGGCUGCGAGCAGACUGGUCACUGCAGGCCCCAAUCAUACUCUGUGCCACAGCACCACUGAAGAGGAAGAAGGACUAGUGCUGUGUAUGGCAGCAGUGGGUGGGCAGUUCUUCAUAGCCAAGGACGACUACGGCCUGUGUGCAUUCUACGAGGUGCCACCAGAGGCACUCAUGGAGGACGUCCUUCAGGGCAAGAGAGUGGACCAGUGCUGCUCGACGGAGCCCGCAUUGUUCUCCGGCCUGCUACCUGGCGAGCUGCGGGCAACCUACUACCUGCUGUACCGCCUCAAGCCGCGUCAUCCCACAACCUGCGGCACUUUGCCAAGGCUCAAAUAG